CUCCUUUAUACAGACAGACGUGGGCUCAUAACCGCCACUGCAGCUCUUUACAAUGAAGCUCUCAGUUAAAAUCUUUUUAAUCGGAGCUCUGAGCGCAGCUUUAAUUGCGCUUCAGUGGAGCGGCCCUACUUUUAGUGAAGAGUCCCUGAAAGGCAUGAGGGUGCUAGUGACCGGUGCUAGUACUGGCAUUGGAGAACAGGUGGCAUACCACUACGCCCGCAUGGGUGCUCAGAUUGUCAUCACAGCAAGAAGAGAACAUGUAUUAAAAGAGGUUGUAAAGAAGUGUCUGGAUCUGGGAGCUCAGAAAGCUUCGUAUAUUUCAGCAGACAUGGCUGAAAUGGCUGAUGCAGAACGAGUAGUGGAGUUUGCUGAAAAGCAGCUUAAUGGGCUGGACUACAUGGUGCUUAACCACAUAGGGGCGAGUCCAUACAGCAUGUGGGAUAGUGAUGUGGAUCACAUUCGCUGGCUCAUGCAGGUGAAUUUUCUGAGUUAUGUAAAAAUGACUGUGAAAGCUUUACCAGCCCUGGAGAAGACUAAUGGAUCAAUAAUGGUUGUUUCUUCCCUGCUUGGUAAAAUGUGUUCACCGUUUGCUCUGCCAUAUAUUUCUACCAAAUUUGCCGUGAAUGGUUUUUUCGGGAGUCUCCAGCAUGAGCUGGUUAUGAAGCACAGCAACGUAUCUAUCACUAUCUGCACCCUGGGCCUUAUCGAUACAGAAUCAGCCGUGGAGAAAGUCAAAGGCUACAUUGAUGUUCCUGCUUACCCUGCACAUGAGGCUGCAUAUCAGAUCAUCAAAGCUGGAGCGCUUCGACAGAGCGAGGCCUACUACCCCUGGUACACCUACUACUCCACACUCUUCAGAGACUGGUUUCCUUACUACAGAGAUCAGGUCAUUAGGGCCAUGUACAACUACCAGGCAUGAGGCACUAGGCACAUUAGAUAGCUUGGGUUUAUUUUGUGCUCUGGAUAAAUUCAAGAAAAAAAAAUUAAAGCACAGUGUAAAUGAACAUUUAAUGCUGAAAUUAUAUUUUAUUUAACAUUCUUGCUUCCAGUUCAGCAGCUAAGUUCAAAAUAUACAAAGUCUGUGCACUGUGUAGUUUUUUAAAGAAUUAAAAAUAUAAUUUAACAUUAUAGAUGUUAUAUUAUUUUGUGCUGUCUUCCAGCAUCCUUUACACUG